CUUGGCAGUUUCUCCACAAAUCUGAUGAGGUCUACAAUUACAUUUCGCCAUAACUGGUCAACUCAGCAAUUACAUGCUUGACCACAAAUUCUCUCCAAAAUACAGUGCUGCGGCUCAUAUGGCAGACAGAAAUAGAAUAGUUUUCAUGUCUGUUUGGACGGCCGCCCAGCUGAAACUAUGCUCCGCUGCUUGACUGACAGAGGGAUGUGGGCUUUUUCUCCCCAAGAAAAACCUUAAGGUCACAAAUCCUUACGAAAGACCGAGGGAGCUCCUUCCAGUUGAGCUACCAGUACCUCAGUUAAGCUGCGAGGAGAGAGGAGCUCGCAGGGCACUGGUAGAGGCUUGCUCCUCGACAAUGAAAACUCCUGGGGACACUUAACCUUUACGACGCUGACCUGUGGCUGGGGUGCUGUGCUGAAGUGAUAUGGACACAGGUAGAAUGGCUAGUCCUCAGAGCUCCAGAAUGGCUAGUCCUCAGAGCUCCAGAAUGGCUAGUCCUCAGAGCUCCAGAAUGGCUAGUCCUCAGAGCUCCAGAAUGGCUAGUCCUCAGAGCUCCAGAAUGGCUAGUCCUCAGAGCUCCAGAAUGGCUAGUCCUCAGAGCUCCAAAAUGGCUAGUCCUCAGAGCUCCAGAAUGGCCACACCUCAGAGCUCCAGAAUGGCCACUCCUCAGAGCUCCAGACACAGUAGCUCUGUUUCCUCAUCUCCAAUGAGGAUGCACUCGCUCCAGGUGGACUCGGUGCAGCGCUGGAUGGAGGACCUGCGUCACAUGACGGAGGUGGAGUGCAUGUGCGUGCUGCAGGCCAAGCCCAUCGGCGUGGAGGAGGACACCCAGGGCGAACUCAUCGUGGCCACAGGGGACCACGUGGCCCGCAACAACCUGCAGACGCUGCUGCGGCGGGCGCUGGUGGUCAGCACCGAGCUGGGCAAGAUGUUCCAGCGGCUGGAGAAGGGCCGCUGGCAGCGGGUCCACAGCACCGCCGUCCGGGCAAACUGCCACGUGCGCUCGCUGGUGCAUGAGUAUAGCACCGCUCGCAACACCCCCGCAGAGAUGCAGAAGUAUGAGAAGUCUUUGCUUGAGAAGUGCAUGGAGCUGACCACCAUAACAGAGAGAUGCCUUCAUACCGAGGAUGAAUUCUUCCUGAAGUCCAUGAGAGAGGCCAUUCACGAGAUCCUCACUGAUGUCAGCGAUUCGUUCAGCCACAUGAUUGACAUGGCCCUGGCCAAUGAGAUCCAGAUCCUGAUCAGGCAGAUUGAGUCAUCAGACAGUGUGUACACCAUCGGCAGUGCCAUCAGCAACCUGCUUUCCCUCACCCAGGACGGCCCGCAGCUCUGCAGAAUCAUCGCCAAGGAGGGCGCUGUGGUGGCCCUGUUUAAGAUCUGCCGGCAGGACUGCUUCAGUGACCUCUACGCACAUGCCCUGAGGACGGUGGCCUCCAUAUGUUGCGUGGAGGAGGGCAUCAACCAGCUAGAGAAGGUGGAUGGGAUCCUGUGCCUGGCGGACAUCCUGACCGACGGGAACAGUGCUGAGGCGGCGAGGGCAGAGGCAGCGGCCGUGGUGGCCCAGAUCACCUCGCCCCACCACACCUCCACCCAGCACCUAGGCAGCUUCUUAGAGAGCAUGCAGGACAUCGUCACCGCCCUCAUCAAGUUGUGCGAGAGUGCCUCCUGUGGUGAGGUCUUCCUCCUGGCGUCUGCUGCCCUUGCCAACAUCACUUUCUUCGACAGCAUGGCCUGUGAGAUCCUUCUCCAGCUCAACGCCAUCCACAUCCUCCUCCAGUCCUGCAAAGACCGCCAAAGAGUGGAUACUCCCUACUCUAAAGACCAGGUGGUGACCAUCUUGGCAAACCUCUCUGUUUUGGAGCAGUCUUCAUCUGAAGUCCUACAAGAGAAGGGUAUUGAGAGACUGCUCCAGCUGCUGGGAGAGAAGCCAUCCUCCUCCAGUCCAUCGGAGGGCGCGGCGUGCGAGCGGGUCCAGCAGAAAGCCGCUGUCACACUGGCCCGUCUGAGCAGAGACCCAGACGUGGCCCAAACAGCCAUCCAGCUGCAAGCUGUUCCUCGACUAAUCGAACUGUGUCGCUCACCAGCAGAGAGGAACAACAGCGACUCUGUACUGGUUGCAUGUCUGGCUGCCCUGAGGAGGCUGGCGGCGGGGUGUCCAGACAGCAUCGAAGCCGCCGACCACCAGCAGCUGAUCAAGCCCAGACUGGUGGACUCUUUCCUGCUGUGCUCCAACAUGGAAGAGAGCUUUGUAUAGGAAGAUCCAGAGCAGAGGGGUUGGGUGCUCAGCAGUGGAGGCUGCUGCGGGGAGGUCGCCUCAUAUGUCUGGAUUGGAGUAAAUGGAAUGGUAUCAAACACGUGUUUGACUCCGUUCUGGACAUUAUUAUGAGUCGUCAUCCCUUCAGCAGCCUCUACUGGUGCACAGGUACUGGGGUAGUCGCAGUGAGCUUUUGCUUCAGCCUGAGACUUAAACACAGACAAAGGGUUGAUGAAAUCAGUCCCUGUAUCCCAAAGCACGCCUUGACUGUUUACCAAAAGAUCUGAGCAUGAACGGAAUUUCCGUUAGUCAUUUCAGAACUUCCAUUCUCAGAGUACAAAACACCAAAAUUCGAGGACAAGCU